UCCUGUUUUUGCUUUUAUUUUUCACUUUACCUACGACUACUACUUGGGUAGAAGAUUUAUAAGUCUCUGGGAGUCUUGCGGGUGUUCACAUCCUUGAUAUGAGCGAGGCUAGACCAAGAUAAUCAUCUUGAUCUCACCUGACCUGAACUACCACGAUGGUGUUUUGUGCAUACUGCGGAAAGAGCUUUACGCGCAAGGAGCAUCUAGAGAGACAUAUUCCAAGUCACACAAACGUAAAACCGCACAGAUGCAGUGCGUGCCAACUGUCCUUCGCCCGAAGGGACUUAUUACAAAGGCAUCACUCCACAUAUCAUGAGGCCCGAGAUCCCAUGGAACCUCUCCCGGGUGGUGUUCCUACGGUAGCAGGACGAACACCCAUUGCGUGCCUUAACUGUGCGCAAGCUAAGACGGGUUGCGACAAGAGAGUUCCAUGCGCACGGUGCGCUGACAAGAAUCUCGAAUGUCAAGCGCGAUUUGCGCGACGUUCUUCGAAAGCCGCCUUGAGGGCAGCUCAAGCAACGGCUGCUAUGAGUAGUACUCAAAACCAGAUCACAAUACCGCCGCAACCUUCACCAACAACGCCAGCCACGACAGUUAAUCCUGCCUUCAUGGAUAUAGACAAAAGUGUGGUCAAACCGGAUCCGUCAAUAAAAACCUCCAUGUCACCCGAAAAUAGCUGUAAUGCUAUGACAAUCGACCCACGAAUACAACAACAUGAGAGUCCCGCCAAGAAAAACUCCCCGGCGAAUUCUCAAAUGAGCUCUGACGAUUUCCCAUCUCCUCACCCAAGAGUAGAGGGUCUUGAUGACUUUCUUCACUUGGGCAACGAUUUUAUACCACAAGAACCGAAUUAUCAAGACAUGCUGGUCUGGUCUGAAUACCCCCUAGACCUCGACAUGUAUACCAGCAAUAUGCCUCUCACUCAUGCCGACGUCCCAAUGCCCACUUUCAACGAACUUAGCGAUAUUUCAUCUAAUUCAGAACAAAUGAGCUCCUCUAGAGGCUCUAUACAUACGAGAAGCACCAGCAUAAUGUCUACGGGGGAUUUUGAGUCCGCUAUUAAAUCAGUUGAUAUGACCUUGAAUACCCCCACCGAUACUAUGAUACCCGAAUUCGAAGUUGUCAUCGCGGCUGAGGCUGCUUGGCCCCUGGCUCGGUGCAAUCCACCUAUAUACUCAAAUACGUGUCCGAGAACAGCUAUCGUUCACUUAGAAUGUUUGGAACAAAAGUCGCGACAAGAGGGCACCUGGAGUGCCCUGGAGCAAUAUCUAGAGCAAGUCGACUGGGAUGCUACCGACAUGGCUUCGGUCAUCCCCAUGACCUCUCGCACUCGUGAUAACAUGCUCGCAAUAACGCAGACAUUCCUUCACAAGGCCCUUGAGAUUCAUCGCGGAGGGGUUAAUAGCCCAGUCAAGAGCUAUACAAGUUCAAGGCUGAUGAGCUUCUUAGUUCUUCCGCCUUCAAAAAUCUUGGAGUAUUUCCUCCGCUCAUACGUUCGAAAUUUAUCUUUCUUCUACUCGCUAGUCUCGGCCGGCUGCGUAGAUCCCAAUGAGAUGCUUCAGAAUAACCAGGCGGCGGCGCUUCUAGUCCUGCUCAUGAUCGCGCAGGGCGCCUCCGCUGUCCCUACGGCAGAAGCAAGGGCUCUCUCAGCUGGUCUGAUCGAGACUUGCCGCAUCUCGCUUUUCGACAUAAUCGAGAAGGACAUCGAGAUGUGCGCCGACCCCACCGCGCUUCGAUGCGCCCUGCUCUUCACGCUCCUCGGAGCCUGGAGCGGAGAUAAGUGGCUUAUGGACAUAGCCAUGGGUCAACGCGGGAUGUAUCUCUCGAUGCUAAAGCACGCCGGAAUGUUCGAAUCUCAGCCGUCCAUGAUUCCCACGUUCAGUAGCUCCACCAAUGCCGAGCUCCAAUGGCGCUCAUGGCUACACCGGGAAUCCCAAAAUAGGCUGGUGUAUAAUUUUGUCAUGGUGGACCAAGAGCUUAGCUUGUUCCAUGAUACGGCACCAAUGCUGUCAACCAGCGAGCUCUGCGCCCCCUUACCUGGUCCCGAGCUACUAUGGAUGUCGGCCAACGCUGACCAAUGGGUCGCUGCCGUACAAUCCAUCUACGGCUGUACUGCAAACGUUAAUCCCCAGCUUCUCACCACACCCCCCUCGCUCACCCCCUCGCUCUACGAUCUGUUUCAGGAUCUCCUAAACGAUAACUUGUCAAGGAGGCAGGGUAGCCUGACGCCACAUCAAUUACGUCUUUUGCUACACCCUCUCCAGUCCUGCUUAUACCACAUCACACAGAUGCUGUCAUGCUUGUCGGAUGUCAUGGGUACACGACGCGUGGGUAACAGGACUGGCAUAAAAUCAUCCUUCGAAUCCCGUCGCGACGAAACCCAGGUACUGCUCCAAAAGUGGUACGAGCUGACCAUCACCUACUACAAGGCGAACCCGACAUGUGCGACCAGCAAGACUAAUCUGGUGCUCUACCACCUAAUCUCCCUCAACGCGAUUACAAAUUUCCCGGAAAUAGAGAGGCUGGCCCGGCGCGAAGGAUUCGACGGCUCUUACUGGGAGCUGUCCCUGCGCCACAAGCGCUGCAUAUCCCAGCGCGAAGAGGCCAUCUUCCAUUGCGGCCAGGUGUUCCGGCUGCUGCGGUCGAUGCCGCGGGACCGGCGGCCUAGCUGGUGGAGCGCGGGCGUCUACCGCGCGACGCUGAUCCUCUGGACCGACAGCGUGUCGCGGCUCGACCCUAACUUCCAGAAGCGCGACGAGUCGGGGCCCCCGGUACCCAUCGACCAAGUGACGCCCGAGGACCCCGCCGUCAUCACUUACCUGUGGAACGGCGACGGCGUGCCGGUGUUAACGCACCAGCGCGACGGCACGAGGGCCAGCCUCGAGAAGCCGGGCGACGUGCUCGAGUACGCCGUCAAGACCCUCGAGGACGGCGUCAGCUCCCGGUUUACCGACGGCGUCAGGCGGAAACUCGUGACGCUGAGCGGUAACUGGCAAACUGACGGGCUUACCGGCGCGGGUGCCACCGUGCAGGCAUCUACCACGAAUUUAUGUUGACACAGCUAGCCUAGCUGUGUAUCUUGUCUUCUCUCUUCACAGUAUUGCUCUACGAUAUACCGGGGGCUUUUUUUUUUUUUUUUUUUUUUCGCCGGGGUUUCUUUUUUUCUAAU